UGGUUGCACAUGAUUCAAAUGUGGUAAACUGCCAUCCUUUUCCACUCUUUCCCUGGAAAAUAAUCUUUUACAGUCAAAUAACUUCUGCAUGUUUGCGUUAUGUUUUAAGUGCCAGUGACGCCUUACCUGCGUAUCGAGCAGGGAGGGUGGGGAUGCUGCUCGGAGGAGGCGAUGUUUGCAGGCUGCCGUGACCCCCUUUCUAACAACACGUUAAAAAAAAAAAAAAAAAUUGAAAAGCAACCUGCCCACAUUAUCAAAGCGGCGCAAAGAAGCAGACGUGCUGCGAUGUCGGGACGUAAAUUUGGGUUGCAAGUGGGAGAAAUGUGCAAACCUUUCACAUGCGCGCGCAGAGAGCAUGCAGCCGAGAGCGCAACAGGCUGCGCACUUUGAGAUUUGACGGCAGGAAGAAUUUGAACAAAUCCAUCAUUUGGAACAGAGAUAAUUUUUUUCUCAUGGCCAGGAUCGUCGAGAUGGCUUUGAGGCUGGAUGAGAGCGGCGGAGAGACCCUGACCAGCCUGUUUUUGACUUGUGUCACCCUUCUGCUGAGCUUCCAAGUGUGUCGGUGGCUCCUGCGGCACUCGGCUGUGCGCGUGCCGGGCCCCUUCGCCUGGCCCAUCGUCGGCAACGCGGCGCAACUGGGCAAAGCGCCGCACCUGUAUUUCAUGCGCAUGGCCGAGAAAUACGGUGACAUUUUCCAGAUUCAAUUAGGCUGCCGGAGCGUGGUGGUCCUGAACGGGGACGCCAUCAAGCAGGCGUUGCUCAAACAGGGCUCGGAGUUUGCCGGCAGACCCGAUUUCACUUCGUUCCAGCUCAUCUCCAACGGGGACGGGCUCGCCUUCGCCACCACGUCGGACUGGUGGAAGGUGCACCGCAGGGUGGCCCAUUCCGCGGUGAGGAUGUUCUCCACGGGGAACCGGCGGACCAAGAAGACGUUCGAGCGGCACAUCCUUUGUGAAUUUAAAGAGCUCCUGCAGCUUUUCGUGGGCAAGACCGAGCAGCAACGGUUCUUCGUGGCCCUGGAGUACCUGGUGGUGUCCACGGCCAACACGAUGAGCGCGGUGUGCUUCGGAAAGAGGUACUCGUACGAGGACGAGGAGUUCCGCCAGGUGGUGGGUAGGAACAACCAGUUCACGGAGACUGUGGGCGCGGGGAGCAUCGUGGACGUGAUGCCCUGGCUCCAGUACUUUCCCAACCCCAUCAAAACCAUGUUUGACAACUUCAAGACGCUCAACCGGGAGUUCAACACCUUUAUUCAGGAUAAGGUGAUGGCGCACAGGAAGACGUUUCAGUCGGGCGCCAUCAGGGACAUGACCGAUGCUUUGAUCGCGGCCUUGGACAAAAUCAGUGAGAAAACUGGCUCCCCAUCGAUGAAGGACUAUGUGCCCGCCACUGUUUCAGAUAUCUUCGGAGCAAGUCAAGAUACGUUGUCAACAAUGCUGCAGUGGCUCAUCCUCAUCCUAGUCAAGUAUCCGGACAUGCAGGUGCGUCUCCAAGAGGAAGUGGACAAAGUAGUGGACCGCAGUCGCCUCCCCUCCAUCGAGGACCAGCCCUUGCUGCCUUAUGUCAAGGCCUUCAUCUACGAGGUGAUGCGCUUCACCAGCUUCGUGCCGCUCACCAUCCCUCACUACACUACCACAGACACCUCCAUCGGUGGUUACACCAUCCCACAGAACACAGUCGUUUUUGUAAACCAGUGGUCCUCCAAUCACAAUCCCGCCCUUUGGACAAAGCCUGAGAUAUUUGACCCGCAGCGUUUCCUGCACCCCAGUGGUGACCUGAACAAGGACCUAUGCAGUUCCGUGCUCAUCUUCUCUCUGGGUAAGCGGCGCUGUAUUGGAGAGGAGCUGGCCAAGAUUCAGAUUUUCCUCUUCACAUCUCUUCUGGCUCACCAGUGCCACAUAAGCACAGACCCUGCCAGGCCUCCUGACCUCAGCUACACCUACGGUCUGACUCUCAAACCAAACGCUUUCUCCAUAGCCGUGUCUCUGCGAGAUAACAUGAGGCUGCUCGAAGAGGUGACCAGCCAGGUUUUACCCGAGGUCAUCAAGGCACAGCCCUCAGACUCUUAAAAAAAUGAAUACAAACAAAGACAAAAAAAGGACACAAAAGAACUGAAAAUAUUUAUGAGAUGAAAUGUCAAGUUCAGCAAAACAUGUCAGCCAUGUGUUCACUUUAUGGCUUCAAGUUGUUUUAGAAUGAAGACGUUAUCACACAUGGCAAACCUAUCAUGAAUAUAUGUACUACAGUGCCAGACAGAGACAUAACACGGGACAUAUUCACAUUUGGGGCAGGCACGGAAAGUCACUUUCUUCAUUCAUCUAAGUAGAGGACUGCAUCAUGAAUCCUAACCAGAUUUCAGAUGGAGCUACAUUGAGGCUGAAGUAAGGAUGUGUGGACAUCAUGGUGGCACCCUGCUGUUGGGAUUCAAACAGGUUCUUAUUUAAUAUAACAUUCCUGUUAAACAAUGACUACCAGGUAACUAAGCUCAUGGAGCGGUUCAGCCCUAAAAACAUAUGCCAGUAUGUGUAACUUUGGACUUUCAAGAUAGCCAUUCAGGGGUAAGGCAGAUGUAAUACCAAAUAAUACAAAUAAUACACAGUGAAAGCUAAUGUACAUGCAAGAGCUACUUGUGAGCUGUUGUAUGCAUGCACCAAUUAAUAGACCUACAUUAGGUCAUGACAACUUUUGUUGAUAUCUACUAAAGUAACAAUACAGCAAAUGUGAGUGUUUUUUUUUUUUUAAUUUGCUUAGUGUUCCAACUACAGUUAUGAUGUGGGAUUUAAAGCCACAGUGAUAGCGGUAACUUGCAAUUUUGUUUACUGACAAAAGAUGUACGCGCUGAACAUUGUCUACACAAAUGUUGUCUAGCAAAACUUAUAGCAGUCUGUACUAUAUAUAUUUAUAUAUAUAUAUAUAUAUACAUAUACACACACACAUACACACACAGUGGGUACGGAAAGUAUUCAGACCCCCUUAAAAUUUUCACUCUUUGUUAUAUUGCAGCCAUUUGCUAAAAUCAUUUAAGUUACAUUUUUACCCCUCAAUGUACACACAGCACCUGAUAUUGACAGAAAAAAAAGGGAAUUGUUGAAAUUGUUGCACAUUUAUUAAAAAAGAAAAACUGAAAUAUCACACAGCCAUAAGUAUUCAGACCCUUUGCUCAGUAUUUCGUAGAAGCACCCUUUUGAGCUAAUACAGCCAUGAGUCUUUUUGGGAAAGAUGCAAUAGGUUUUUCACACCUGGAUUUGGGGAUCCUCAGCCAUUCCUCCUUGCAGAUUCGCUACAGUUCUGUCAGGUUGGAUGGUGAACGUUGGUGGACAGCCAUUUUCAGGUGUUUCUCAAUUGGGUUCUGGCUAGGCCAUUCAAGAACAGUCACGGAGUUGUUCUCAAGCCACUCCUUUGUUAUUUUAGCUGUGUGCUUAGGGUCAUUGUCUUUUUGUAAGGUGAACCGUCUGCCCAGUCUGAGUUCCUGAGCACUCUAGAGAAGGUUUUCAUCCAGGAUAUCCCUGUACUUGGCCACAUUCAUCUUUCCUUCGACUGCAACCGGUCGUCCUGUCCUUGCAACUGACAAACACACCCACAGCAUGAUGCUGCCACCAACAUGCUUCACUGUUGGGACUGUAUUGGACAGGUGAUGAGCAGUGCCUGGUUUUCUUCACACAUGCCACUUAGAAUUAAGGCCAACAAUUUCUAUCUUGGUCUCAUCAGACCAGAUAAUCUUAUUUCUCACCAUCUUGGAGUCCUUCAGGUGUUUGUUAGCAAACUCCAUGCGGGCUUUCAUGUGUCUUGCACUGAGGAGAGGCUUUCGUCGGGCCACUCUCCCAUAAAGCCCCGACUGGUGGAGGGCUGCAGUGAUGGUUGACUUUCUAGAAGUUUCUCCCAUCUCCCGACUGCAUCUCUGGAGCUCAGCCACAGUGAUCUUUGGGUUCUUCUUUACCUCUCUCACCAAGGCUAUUCUCUGCCGAUUGCUCAGUUUGGCUGGACGGCCAGCUCUAGGAAGGGUUCUGGUCACCCCAAACGUCUUCCAUUUAAGCAUUAUGGAGGCCACUGUGCUCUUAGGAACCUUAAGUGCAGCAGAUGGUUUUUUUUUUGUAACCUUGGCCAGAUCUGUGCCUUGCCACAAUUCUGUCUCUGAGCUCUUCAGGCAGUUCCUUUGACCUCAUUUGCUCUGACAUGCACUGUGAGCUGUAAGGUCUUAUUUUGACAGGUGUGGCUUUCCAAAUCAAGUCCAAUCAGUAUAAUCAAACACAGCUGGACUCCAAUGAAGGUGUAGAACCAUCUCAAGGAUGAUCAGAAGAAAUGAACAGCACCCGAGUUAAAUAUAUGAGUGUCACAGCAAAGGGUCUGAAUACUUAUGGCUGUGUGAUAUUUCAGUUUUUAUUUUUUAAUAAAUCUGCAAAAAAAAUCAACAAUUCCGUUUUUUUAUGUCAAUAUGGGGUGCUGUGUGUACAUUAAUGAAGGAAAAAAAUGUACAGAUUAUUUAAGCAAAUGGCUGCAAUAAAACAAAGAGUGAAAAUUUUUUGGGGGUCUGAAUACUUUCCGUACCCACUGUACACACACACACACACACACACAUAUAUAUAUAUAUAAAAGAACUUUAUUCAGGGUUAUUUAGAGGCACUUGUAAUGUUGGCAGGUGUGUCCUUACUCCCAUUUAACAUGAGUUCGGAUGGGAUUGGUUAAUUCUGAACACAGGCACAUCCUCAGUUAUAAGAGGGUGUGCACAAUUGGGCAACCACGUUAUUGUAUCUUCAGUUUAUUUUUACUCUUCCUCAUGAAAUUUUAUUUUUUUUUCUCAGUAGAUUUGAUAAGUUAUACGUCACAUUAAUGGUGGACAAACUUUUUUUUUAAUGAUUUAUUUUGGCCUAUUUUUUUAAUGUCACAAAAAUCUGGCAUUUGAACAGGCGUGUGGAGACUUUUUAUAUCCAUUGUCUGUGUCUCACUCACAAAAUACAUUUUGAUUUUGUGAGACCUGCAGAAAUGCUUUCAGUUUGAUGGAUGUUUUGGUUUUAUACUUAUUGUUUUUCUACAACCCCAAUUCCAAUGAACUUGUGAUGUUGUGUUUAACAUAAAUAAAAACAGAAUACAAUGAUUUGUAAAUCAUGUUCGACCUAUAUUUAAUUGAAUACACGACAAAGACAAGAUAUUUAAUGUUCAAACAUAUAAACUUUAUUGUUUUUAGCAAAUAAUCAUUAACUUGGAAUUUUAUGGCUGCAACACGUUCCAAAAACGUUUUGAUCCAGUUCCGCCUGAGGGAUUGAAGGUCACGGGCAUUCAAUGUUGGUUUUCGGCCAUAACCCUAACCCGACAUGCAGUGAUUUCUCCAGAUUCUCUGAACCUUUUGAUGAUAUUAUAGACCGUAGAUGAAAUCCCUAAAUUCCUUGCAUUUGUACGUUGAGGAACAUUGUCCUUAAACUGUUCAACGAUUUUCUCAUGCACUUGUUCACAAAGAGGUGAACCUCGCCCUAUCUUUGCUUGUGAAUGACUGAGCAAUUCAGGGAAGCCCCUUUUAUACCCAAUCAUGGCACCCGCCUGUUCCCAAUUAGCCUGUCCACCUGUGGGAUCUUCCAAAACAGGUGUUUGAUGAGCAUUCCUAAACUUUCUCAGUCUUUUUUGCCACCUGUCCCAGCUUUUUUGGAACGUGUUGCAGCCAUAAAAUUCUAAGUUAAUGAUUAUUUGCUAAAAACAAUCAAGUUCAUCAGUUUGAACAUUAAAUAUCUUGUCUUUGUAGUGUAUGCAAUUAUAUAUUGGUUGAAUAUGAUUCGUAAAUCAUUGUAUUCUGUUUUUAUUUAUGUUUAACACAACAUCCCAACUUCAUUGGAAUUGGGGUUGUACUUGCGUAUAGCAUCCUGACUAAUGUUUUCCAGAUACAAAUCUGGCUUUUUCAUGAUCAUGAUUGGUAGGUGUUCUUCCCAAAAUGUUUCAUUAAAUACCUAUUAAAUUAUUUCCAAAAUUCCCUAUUUAAUUAUUCAAAAAUUAUUGUAAAAUCUUAUUUUCCAAAUGGAAAAACUCCCUGCAAAUCUUGUCAACCUUUUAACCCUGAAAUUAAACCAGCCAUAUAGUGAGUGAGAAUAAACUCAUGACAAAGAGAAUGAAACCAUCAUCCAAAGAGCAAAGCAUUUUAUAUACUGUGAAGUCAAAUGCACUAUCUCAUUAAACCAGAUGGUGUAAUUUUACAUUCCACCAGCAGCAACAAAUCACAAAUUGUUGUGAACGUUACAUGCAGGAGCAAAGUGCAACCGUCUCAGUAGCGUGACAGAGAAAGCAUUUUGACUCUUAAACAGCACAUAUCAUGCCACUGAGGUUGACACAAAUACAUUGUUUCUCAAAGAAGUGUUCAAUGGUGCAAAUACUGCACAACCAACAAAUGACAACUUGAAAGUCGUUUUCAAAGGAAAAGGGACCAUUUAUCCAAUCAUGAAAAGGUGUUUAGAACUGCUAGAGUCUCAUGGUCUGGCAUGCAGUUGUGAUUUAUAUUUUAGUAUACAAAAAGUGCAAAAAAACAAGAAGGUACUGUAUCUAGAAUUGCCCCAUCUCACCUUCAUUACCAUCACUCAAAUCAAGUUAGGUACGGACAAAGGGGAAGUGUUUGGGUGAUGCUUUUCCCUGCGCAGCUGUUAUCUGUGUUUGCCAGAACAUCCUGUCCUUGAUCAGUUAGAAACCCGCAGACUGCAUAACAAAGUGAAAUAAAAGUACAGUAGAUGAUUACUGAUAAGGUUGUCAACAUGCUCCUUACAUCACAAGCACGUCCAAGAUGAAGACUUCACGGUGCCUCAGUUAUCACAGCUUGCAAACCAUAAUGUUAAGAAUGAAAACACACCAAGUUUAGCACUUAUAUGUGCAGAGUUGCCAGCUGAGAAACGGAAGUCAAGAUAAAGACUGUAAGGUCCCUCAUGCCAAUGCAUUUCUUAACUGUGACAGACGUGAAUAAACCUGCUGAGAAAAGAUUAAAUAUUGCACGGAAGUGUUAGAUGUCAUUAAAGCUUUCUACUGUCAAGACUGCAUUAACAAGAUUAGCUAGAGCCUCCACACUUAAUCUAAGAUUUUUCUGUGGGCAGACAAACGAUUCACAGGUCGGCAAAACAUUCACAACAAGCUCUUGCGCUUGUGUAACUUUAAAGUGUGCUUUAGUACACAGAUCUGAAUGAAUGUUCCGAGUGUAGAGUAUUAGUAAUACAGUAGUAGUAGUAGUACAAGUCACAGGAGUUUGGACCGAUGGAGCAAAACAUGUUCAUGAACACAUGCAAUCAUCAUUUGAUAUCUUUUGAAAUCAGAAAGGUUCUUGACAAAAUCACUAAAAAUGUUGCAGCAAAAUUUGCCAUUGAAUUAACACUCGAACUACCAAGGCAGUCAUUUUGACUGCUUUCAAAUGUCAUAACUUGGUUUGAAAAAAAAAACCCUAUGUACCAAUAGGACCCUGACCUUUCCUAACUGUGUGUAUAUUUUAUUCUAACAUUGUUUUAUCAUUAAAAUUUCAAAACACAAA